AAGAUGGCCAAGACGUCUACGUUUUGGCUUCUUUUCUUAAUGUCUUUGAUCUGCAGUACCUUAGCGCAAUACUGUACCAAGACCGGCCCGUGUAGCUGUACCAUGGAUGACGGAACGGGCACGAUAGAUCUCUCACCACUCGGCGCACAGGGUGGGAUUGCGUACGAAGACUACUAUGCAGUACUAUACCCUGACGCCUUCACCUACUCCUGGAACCCCUGCUUCUCCUUCAGCAAGUCGGGAUGCUCGGGUGUAGCUGUGUGCCAAGUGGGCCAGUCGGACCCGUCAGAGGCCUAUGACCUUGGUGUACACGAUAACGCAGAUUUCCAACCGGACUUUACCGGAGGUGGAAUAGCUUUAUACUACAAUAGUCUAUCAUACGAGAGAACGACGAAAAUCUCGCUGAUCUGCAGCACGUCUGGAACCACCACAUUUACAGUGGAUGGGGAGGACCCUUCUUACUUCAAUAACUAUGACUUCCGUUUGGAAAGCCCAUACUGCUGUCCACAGUCCGGCCCCGGACCCACAGGACCAGGCCCUGGCCCAGGACCAAUCGUAGUCACUGUCGACAUCAGCGUCGGGAGCAUCCUCUGCAUUGUUUUCUUUCCCACCGCUUUCAUCUAUAUUGUGGGUGGUGUACUUCUCAACAAGUACGCCCGUCAAAAAGAAGGCAGGGACAUCAUUCCUAAUAUGGAGUUCUGGGCCUCGUUACCAGGGUUGAUAAAGGACGGCUUUCUGUUCGCAAUUUCGCCGAUCCGCAAACAGUCCAGUUACGAGCAAGUGUAAACUCAUAUUGAGCAGAUGGAAAUGGCAGUGACAGCGUAACCAAAGCGCCCACGAACAAAAGCUACGAUUUUAACGCAAAUAAUAUGAAUAGUCAAAGUUUUGCCAAUAGAACAACUUAACUUAAUCGUAUGUUUAUGAAAAGAAUAAUACAAGAUAUUUCUAAUCAUACAUCAUGGUCAUCUGUGACACCGUUUAAGUUAGGUUUAUUAAAUGAAACGCACGCAGCUAUUCCUAAUAAAGUGAACUGUCUGUCUGUCUGUA